GCCACAAGUGUGAUGUAGGAUGGUAGAUCGUAUUGGGCGAGCCGCCAUGUACCAUGCACAUGCACGGCCGGACGCUUGCCAACCGCCACUGUGGUCGUGUCUCUCUCACCAAUGGCAAGACGAGAACUGCAAUUCUCGAGAUAUCUCUCGAAACCACGAUUCCAGACAAGGAUCACGCUCAUCCAUGCUCCGGCAAUAUAACCGAUUAUUAGGGCAUGAUAAACGGAAAUGGACUUUAGGGUUGGCAGGGGCCUCUCUCUAUCCUCAGGUUUCGCGGGGUUUGGUGAUUUUCCUAUAACUGUGGACAGGCGCCGAUCCGGAUGGAGCUUCAGGAAAUCAUCGUCGCUGGUCUUCGCUCCUGAGUCCUUUGGAUUGUCGAGCAGCUACGGAUUUUUGGCCUGUGUUCUGCCAUCUGUAUUCACCACUUGUGAAGUAUUUCAUUUGCGCUGGCGCUGAAAGAUGCUGUCAUCAACCUUUGCAAGGUUGGUGUGGCUAGUAAUGGGAGCCUGCUCCCUUACUACCAUCGCCAGUCCAGUAGAGUUCAAAAAGCGAGAGGUCUCUGCCGAUGUCCUGGAUCAAUUACAGUUUUUUUCGCAAUAUAGUGCCGCAUCAUAUUGCAAAUCAAACAAUGAUAGCCCAAAUACCAAAAUCGAAUGCGCUCAAGGCAAUUGCCCAAGGGUAGAGGCUGCAGAUACAAACACGAUUGUGGAAUUCGAAAACACCCCCAAAACCGAUACGACGGGUUUCGUAGCGGUAGAUACCACAAAUCAACUCAUCGUCAUUUCCUUCCGUGGCACAGACUCAGUCCGUAACCUACUUACUGACGCUAACAUUGGCACACAAGAGAGUCCACUCUGCGAUGAUUGUGAUGCUGCCAAUGGGUUCUGGGAUGCCUGGGCAGAGGCCGAAGACAUUGUUCUCCAAGCUGUCGCUCAAGCACGGAGCGAAAACCCAGGCUUCAAAGUCAUCGCUACGGGUCACUCUCUAGGUGGCGCGAUUGCAAGCUUCGGGGCCGGUGUGCUGAGAAGCCAGAAUAUAACCGUAGACCUCUACACAUACGGUGCUCCCAAGGUUGGCAAAAGGGGCCUCGCUGAUUUCCUGACCGACAAUACCAGAGGGCAAAACUUCCGCGUCACCCACAAGGACGACCCUAUCCCUCGUCUUCCCCCGGCGCUCGUUGGUUUUCGACACCCCGAGCCAGAAUUCUUUGUCUCAUCUGGCAACGAUGUAGAGCCCACUGCUGGUGACAUCGAGCUCUUAACUGGAUCAGUGAACCUGAAGGGCAACGAAGGAAACCUCCGUCUCGACCUAGAUGCGCAUCGCAACUACUUUGGGCCAAUUUCCGCUUGUGAGGGCCAGGAGGGUCUUGAAUUCAAGUGAGAAUUGGGAAUUUAUGAGUUACUAACUUUG